UAACAUUGACUAGCCUUCUGAAUGCGAUCAGUGAUUAUGCUGAAGGCUUUUCCAAGUCAAUAUUCAAGACGGAGUUAUAUGUCAGAAUGGGCUUCGCUCCUCAACAGCCCAUUUCUGAUGAAGUAAAGCCCAAACACAGCCAUGGCUUUCCCCCUUAACAAAUUGGCAGCGAGUCAAUUCAUUGGACAAGCCAACGACGGGCAGCAAAUGUAUCUCACAACGCCGAAACCGAGCCGCGCCCACCACCUCCCUUUCCACCGUUGCUGCGGUCUGACCCGCCACCGCUCUCUCCUCCUUCCCUCUGCCUCCGUCGUCGCCAUUUCCGCUUGGCGAGCCAUGGCCACCACAAGUAGCGGUGGCGGAAAUUCUGCCGGCGCGUUCACGACGAUAAAAGAGAAAGUAAUCUUCGAAAAGGAAAUCAAAAAGAGCAAAUUCAUCGCCAUUGCUGGCCCGAUCUCCAACGAACAGUCCGCCUUCGCUUUCCUCAAUCAGGUCAGAGAUCCUCGUGCCACGCACAAUUGCUGGGCCUAUAAGGUGGGAGAUCAGUUCCGGAGCAAUGACGAUGGCGAACCGUCGGGAACUGCUGGGAAGCCAAUCCAAUCUGCGAUUGAAUCUUCUGGGAUUGAUAGAGUAAUGGUGGUUGUAAUCAGGCAUUUUGGAGGGAUUAAGUUGGGGACUGGAGGAUUAGUCCGGGCUUAUGGUGGAGUAGCUGCCGAAUGCUUGAGGAAUGCCCCAACCCAGCUCUUGAAAUCCAAGGUUUCACUUGGAGUGGAAGUUCCGUUCGAGCUCUUGGGGAUUCUUAAUCAUCAGUUACAGUCCUUUCAAGUUGCAGACAUCAGACAAGAUUACGAAACGGGUAAAGAUGGCAUCGCAAUGGUUUCCUUCAAGGUUGAUUUUGAUCAGGCCGCGGAAUUGGAGGAGGCAAUCAAAACGAAUUGCAGCUGGGACCUUGUAUUUUAUAGGUGAUUUACUACCCUGUCCUGAGUAAGGAGCUUGUACCGUUGUUACAAUCUCGAUCUGCUUUCACAUUGGCCAGAACUGCAAUUAUGUAAACUGUACAUAGAAACUAGCCUUCGGUCGACUCGUCUUACUCUUACCUUCUGCUUCUGUUCUGGGGGAAUCAUCGUUCUGGGCUCCGUUAUUUUUUGGUCUCAGCAUGGCUUGUUAUAUUGCUUUGUUUGCCCUUAAUACGCUAUCAUUUGAUCAUCCGUGGCCACGGCACUCUCUCAGAUGAACCAUAAUACGCCAGAAUACGCUUGUCAUCUUGCUUUGUUUGUACUGAUGCACUAUGGCGGAUUUCAUGUUUGAGUGCUCAUU